GCAAGAUUGUUGUUUAUCUACCAAUUCUCCACAUAUAUUUCUACAUAUGCGUUGACCAUUUGCACUAUAUAGUAUGAAACACUCCAAUUAAUCGCUGCCAAAACUACACACAAAAACCAACGUUAUAACUUAAUAUUCUUGUAUAACAAGUUUCACUGCUGCUCUAAAAGCCAACAAAAAUACCUUUGGAGAAGAUACGGUUAAACAUUCAAAAGUUUUGUUUUCAAGAACAUGGAAAAUUAUCAGACUGGACCUUCUGAUAUCGUCAACAAGCUAUCAUCGCAGUAUAUCGAUUGCACUGAAGAGUAUAAGAAUGCUGUUUCUACACUUUACAAGGAAGAACUUGUCCAGUAUUCUGAAUUCACAUUACUGGAUUCCAUUAGUGCUUUUGAAAUAAUGGACGAAAAGAUGGACAGCGGGUUGAACUACAUGUCAAAGGAUUUGGAUUUGUCGAAGGACCUUUCUGCCCUUGAGGUUAUUGCGACCAUGGAUGGCAUUCUACGAGAUGAAUGUGAUUGGCAUAAGGGUACACCAAUGUCAGAAUCCUUAUUUACAAACUUGUUACUGUUGAAAGUAUGUCGUGCUCCCUUAAAAUCCUUGCGCGAACAUUCUUGUUUUUCAGACUGCCCUGAUACAGCAUUGCUAAAUUCUGUUAUCUUUCCUUACAUUGUUGCAACUAUAAAAUGCUGUGAUCUCGUAAGGCGCGAGUACCUUAGUGGGAAAUUAUAUGAUGAAGAGGACACAAGCGCAUCCUCUUAUCAAAUCUCAUUGCUCGAAACUUUCCCAGCCGAAGAAGCCGACAAAUUAUUAGUUAACAGCAUUGCUUGUCUUGAUGGAAGUUUGCAGAAAUACACCGAAGAAACAAGGACCUAUGCCGACCACAUCCGUUUGCGACUUAAUAUUCGGCUUUUACUUUUGCGAGUUUACCAACGGCUUGAAUUUGACAUAAUGGAGCACGGGUUUUCGGAUAUUUAUCCCUUAUUAAAAGAGUUAUUGCAAUCACAUGAAGAGUAUGCGGCUAGUAUUAUGGAUACAGUUUAUGAAAAAUAUUGGGACUUUAGUAUACAAGCCCAAUUACCGGCCACGGCUCCCCCUCGCAGAAUACCCCGUCUUUCAUUUUCCGAGGUAGUUUUGUUUCUGGAAGAAUUUUGUUCUGAUGGAAUGUUAUUGAGCAAGGUGCGCUUCAUCGAUACUCCCAUUUCGUUAUUUCACUAUUUUUUGGAAUUCUCAAAGUUGGACCGCCUGCCGGAGGCCUACAUUCGUUCAUCACUACAGUCUAUUGUUAUGAAUGGUGAUCUUGUGUGCGAGCGAGACACACCACAAUCGUUCUUUAUUAAACUACUCUUCAAUUUUUACGGAAAUUCUCUGAACCUGAAUUUUUUAUCAUCUUCUGCCUUCUAUUCUUCAAUAACACUUCCGCUGGCACAAUCUUUACAAGACACUGUCCUUCGUUUGGCAAAUUCUGUCAUCGACAUAUUGCGUCUUUGCUCACAUAAUCCGUGUCGGCAAAGAAGAAACGCAAUUAAUAUCCUUACUGAUUUUGAUUUCCGUCAUUAUGAUUCGCUCCUUGUCGAAAAGCAACUCUCCAUUGAGGCACCUGAUGUUGCCUCAAGGGUUGGAUCGUUUUUGUCUUCAUUCGCCUUGCAUCUCCAAUUAAGCCUUAUGGAAUUUAUACUAGUCAGUGGUUUUGAGCAAGAGCUAUUUUUGUUAUCUCAGGCUGAUAUAUACUUCUCAUAUCUUCGAGACCUGUAUGUGUCUCACUAUCGUCUGGUGAAAACUUUACGUUCUACAUUCAACCUUUAUGAUAGUGCAUCCUCAUAUUUAUCUUUUCUUGAACAUGAAUACUCAACGUUAAUUUCAUUUGCAGAGGGUUAUUUAAAGAUGACUUGUUUGUUAAUUACGAUUAAUGCAAUUCCUAAAAAAACACUUAGAAACGAAGAUGAGUUCCAAAAAUCACAAUUCCUAACCCACUUUAGACCUUUCCUUCAAUUACGGAGCCUGCCGCCUCUCUCACUUUCAGUUUUAAAAGAGAAUUCUAAACCUUGUGUCGAGGAUGUACUAAUCAAAGAAGCUAAGGAGCACUUUAAUGCUGCUAAAAAGAAUUUUCUUCUUGUAGCGAAACAGUUUUCUUCAGUGUUAAAAGAUGAAUCUGUUGUAGACUUAUACAACAAUCGUCUUAAAAAACACAUCAGCUGCUGUAUAGCAAAUGUUUUAACAUUAGAUCUAUACAGCCAGAACAGAGAUUUAAAAAUUAUAAUCGAACACAAAUAUGAUCCUGGAAUGUAUAAUAUCUCUAUAAAGAAGUGA